UUCACUUUGCCUCGAAUUCAACCGACGGGUGAAAAAGCGUUUGCAGCUUUAAUGCCACCGUCUCUGCCUCUGAUCUGCUCUGACUGUUUGGUUUCACAGCGGAAGCUCUUCGAUGCGUGUUGACGCGCUGCUGAGCUCCUAACAGGUGUUUCUUUUGGGGGGAGCAACGCCGCCCUGAGAGGGAACAUGUCCAAUGGGAAAGACGCGAAUGCUGCUGAGAACUCCUCUAAGAUGACCCUGAACGAGUGCCUGGAUGAGUGCAUGGAGGCCUUGGAUCUCUUCCUUAACAACCACUUCAACGAGAGCCUGGAGAGGCUGCGACCAAGAGUGAAUGAGAGUAUGUACCACGCUCUUAUCUACGCCACAGUGCUGGAAAUGCAGGCCAUGAUGACUUUCCAGCACGAUGACAUCAGCAACGCGGGAAACACCAUGAAGAGCGCCCAGGAGGUCUGUCAGAGGUUUCGACGGAAAUCCCCAGGUUUGGGUAACAAGUCAGUCGGGGACUCACUUUCUGAAGUGCAGCUCCACGCGGAAGUGUGUUACGCAGAGUGUCAACUCCAACGAGCCGCUCUCACCUUCCUACAGGAUGAGAGCAUGGUGAGCUUCAUCAAAGGAGGGAUCAAAGUGCGAAACAGUUACCUGAUUUACAAAGAGCUGCACUCCUUCAUCAAAUCCCAGCGCUUUGUCAAAGGACCCAGCCACUGUCACUUAGAAGGAGGGAUAUCAUUUGGGAUGGGGGCGUUUAACCUGACACUUUCUCUGUUUCCUCCACGGAUACUCAAAGUUUUGGAAUUCGCAGGCUUCUCCGGAGACAAGGAGUACGGUCUGUCCCUCCUGUGUGACGGCGCCACGGCGAUGAACCUGCGCUCCAUGCUGUGUGCUCUGCUGCUGCUCUGCUUCUACACCUUCCUCACCUUCAUCCUCGGGACGGGCGAGGGAGACGUGAGCGAAGCCGACAGAUUGCUGAAACCUUUCCGGCUGCGCUACCCACGAGGAGCCAUUUUCCUUUUCUUUGCCGGCAGAAUUGAGGAGAUCAAGGGGAACAUUGAUGAGGCGGUGGCGCUCUUCGAGGACGGCUGCAAGGCCCAGCAGACGUGGAAGCAGUUUCACCACAUGUGCUACUGGGAGCUGAUGUGGUGCUUCACCUACAAGCGUUCCUGGAAGAUGGCGUACUUCUACGCAGACCUGCUGAGCCAAGAGAGCCGCUGGUCCAAGGCCAUGUAUGUGUACAUGAAAGCUGCUUACCUCAGCAUGCUUCCUGAGGAGGAGGCCAGGCCUUUUGGGGAGAACGAGGUGGAGCUCUUUAGACAAGUUCCCACCUUAAAGCAGAAGAUUGCAGGGAAGUCUCCUCCGACUGAGAAGUUUGCUAUCCGUAAAGCCAGACGCUACAAGGCCGCCUCCCCGGUCAGGCUACCGGUACCAGUGCUGGAGAUGAUGUACAUGUGGAACGGCUUCAGCAUGAUCAGCAAAAGACCAGAGCUGACUGAAGGCAUGAUGCAGACGCUAGUAGAGGCAGAGCGCGCUCUACUGGAGUCUCCUGAAAACGAGUACACGGUGGACGACCGCUGUUUGAUCCACAUGCUGAAGGGCCUGUGCUUGAAGAACCAGGGUCUCCUGCAGGCGGCCGAGGAAUGCUUCAACAAAGUGUGUUCCAGUGAGAAGAAGAUCAGGUUUGACCACUACCUGGUGCCCAACUGUCUGGUGGAGCUCAGUCUGCUUUACAUCGACCAGGGCAGGAGGGACGAGGCCAUUAAGCUGCUGCACAAAGCCAAACACAACUACAAAGAGUACUCGAUGGAGUCUCGCACACAGUUCCGGGUUCACGCCGCCCUGGCCAAGCUGAAGGCCGACACCCGUGAAGAGGAGGAGGACACCCAUCUGUAGGGGGACGGGUCUCCGGCGUCGGACUCGUGGCUGUUUUAACUCCGGCAGCUUUUAACUUAAAUAUUUUGUCUACAGGUGAACACUGGGUCCCGCUGUGGUCAGCUCGACUUUGAGGUGUUUCUGAGUCUUGACAGAAGGUAGAAUGUUUACGAGCGCCGUCCUCGUCGGAGCCGAGCGAGCUUGAGACUUGAGUGUACAUACGAUAGACCUUUUAUUUUCUAGAGAUGUUUACAUUGAUGAUUAAACACUAAAUCUUAACUGAUUGAAGCCACUAGAAAUAGACAAUUUAAAAUGACGUGUACAGUAUUUUACUGUAGUAAUAGUUUCUUUUGAUUACAACAUAAUUAAGUUGAGCAAACUGUGCUGAUGUUUUGGAUUUACGACGUUUCAGGUAUUUUACAAGCUAAAAGUAAUUUGAAUAACAAGUCAACUGGUGUGAAGCAGUUUAGAACCCACAGCCAGUAUUGUUUGCACCCUGACACGUGUACGGUGGGUCACUGUGGCGUCCCGUUGAGCAUAGACGAUGUGGAAGUACAUAAGAGGACAGCUGUGUUUGAUUUUAAUCACGAUUCAGUGUUGAUCGGGGCGUGCAUUUACCAAAAAAACCCAAAACAUUUUCAAUAAAUGAACUGUACCGAUGAAAGUCUGCAGUUAAAUUAA